UCGUAUUCCUGCAACGCACACUAAAUAUUAUUUGGGUGUCGAUAAAAAAUAAGUAAUUUGUGAAGUGACGAGUAUUAAUUGCAUUUAUUACGAGCAUUGCCUUAUCGAUUGAUUACGCUGUCGCGUGGCAACUCUAAACUGUACUUUCUGAUACAGAUAAAAAAAACUAUUGACUAUUGAACUGACUAUCUAUAAUCGAGAAAUUGCGCGCUUAUUUUUUGGUGGCAUCGGUAAUCAGAUAUCAAUCAGACAACAAAAUCAAAUCAACAAAUAUGAACGACGAAGUGGCCACAUCUCCAAUGGUUGUUGAAGCCAAAUACGAGGAUGUCUCGCAGCUCAAUUUCUCCAAGCUCUAUUCACCGAAAAUGAAAAGCGUCUAUUGGCGCUAUUUCGGUUUUCCAUCGAACGAUAAUGACGAGGUAAUUACCAAGCAGAAUGUCGUGUGCAUCAAAUGCCACAAGGUGCUCACCAACCAUGGCAACACGACCAAUUUGCGUGCCCAUUUGCAACAUCGGCACAAGGAUCUGUUCAAGGCUCUGUGCCAAGAGAAUGACAUUCAAGUGCCACCUCGCAAGACGCCACGCAAUCUAACGCAUCCGCCGCUAUCCAAGCGGAAUGUUUCGUCGCGACGCGUCAAAUUGGAGUUCAUCAACAAUCGCAACCAUCACGAGCAAGAAGAGGACGAGGACAUGGAUGAGGCGGCCGCAGCAGCCGCAGCAAUGCAAGCCGAAGAUGACGCAGCAUCACAGACAAUGCUCUAUGAAACCAUGGUGCCGUUGACCUAUGACGACGCCGACAACCUUGUGGAGGAGGAGGAACGCACCAUUAGUAUUGAGCCGCGUGAACUAAAGUACGCUCGCAAACGCAAAAGUACAGCUGCCACCGGCACAAUGCAUUUCACUCGCAACAUCAAGCAUGAGGAGGGAACCGGAGUCACAGGUCAGCCUCGCAACAACUACAUCACCAACUUGCCGGAGGCAUUGGCUGACAUUGUGGUGCGGGAUCUACGCAACGUGGAGACACUUUACGAUCUGGGUAUCAGCGAGUUUAUUCGCCUUGCCAUGGGCAACUUGGCAUCUUUGCCUAUGCCCCAAAAGAUUGAUUCGCUCAUUACAGAGCAACAUGCAUCGAAAUUUAUGGAGAUUGGCGACUUCACGCGUGAGUUUACCGCCGAUAAACCCUAUUCGCUGGCCUUUGAGCAGUGGAUGAAUGUGGAGCAGCGUCGCUUUUUGAGCAUCCAUCAUCACUACUUGAGCGAGGAGACGCAGAGCGUACGCAGUGUGUUGUAUGCCACCAUUGAGUACACGGAUUACGUGUCAUUCGAUGAUCUGCUCGCUGAUUUCUACUUGCCCAACUGUACGCUGGCCAUUGUUAACUACGACGAUGAGGAGGACUUGUUGCAGACCUAUCUGAAGGAGAAGAGCAUACCCGUUGUGUUGUGCUAUGUUUCGGUGAUUGACAAGUGCUUGCGUCGCGUCUUUGAGCUGGAGGAAGUAGCCAGCUCCUUGGAGCAGGUCAAGGACAUCAUUCAGCGUCACUCAGCUGAGAUUAGCUCUAAAGUGUCGGAGCUGCCUGCAUAUAAUGAGCAUUUCCCUUGGACUCUUUACGAGUUGCUGAAAUUCUUUGCAGAGUCGAUUUCAUGGUCCGAAGACAUGGAUCAAUUGGUCAUCACAGCCAAGACUGUGACCGAAGCACUCAGUGCUCUAGUGAUUGCUUUGGAUACACUGCGUGGCGAAGACAUGCCUUUGUGCAGUAUGUUGUCGCCGAUUACUUCUAAGAUACUGAUCAAGAAACUGGGCAUUGCCGAGCAGGACGAUCCGUUGAUGAUGAACAUUAAGCGUACUAUUGCCAAUGUGCUCCAGAAUCAUAUCAUUGCAAAUGAUACGUUGACCAGCGCUGCUCUGCUCGAUCCGCGUUUCCAUCGCCUCACAACCAUCGACAACUUUGACAGCUGUGUUCGCAUGUUGACACAGAAAUACAAUAAAACAUUUGGAGGCGUCUCCUCGGGCGGCACUGAUAGCCAAAGCGGCGAUUCCGCUGAGGUGGCGGCCACUGCAUCCGUUAGCAGCACGCCAACCGUGACCAUUAAAACUGAACCAAAUGUCAAGUCUGGCACUAGCGCUGCCACAGGGAGUAUUGGCCACAUCGCCAAAAAGUCAAAACUCGAACUACUAUUUGACAUCACUGAAAUACCAAGUCCACCAAAACGGGAUGCAGACAGCACCGUGGAAACUGAUCUCAAGCGGUACCGCAACGAAGUCAUUGUGCAAUUGGACGAGUCGCCCAUUGAAUGGUGGAACAAGAUGGGCCAUAUCUAUGGCACACUCCGUGACUUGGCCACACUCUAUCAGGGUGUGCCCGGCGUGGUCAAUUUGAAUUUCAAGAAGGUACUACGGGAGCAGAUCUAUGAUUACAAUAAGCGUUUCAUGCUGACUGGCAGCCAAAAUCAAGUAGAUGCGAUAUUGUUCUUGAAUCGCAACAGCAGCUUAAAGGACACUAUCUAUGUUUAAUAGCUCUUAUCGACGUUUUAUCAUAUAUACAUAUACAUAUGUAAUAAUAUAAUAAUAAUCUGUAAUUAAACUACACAUACGAUAACAUU